AUGACUGACGUCUCGUCGGUCAAGGCGCACGCUGAACCUCAGCCAGCUCCUACACCCACGCCAAACGGUACCACACCACCCCCCUACACUAACGGCUCUCCCAUCCCGGACGGGACGAUAGAGGAAGAAGAGUCGUCCACGAUCAAAUGCAUAUGUGGCUUUGCCGACGAUGACGGCAACACCGUCUUGUGCGAGAAGUGCGACACAUGGCAGCACAUCGUGUGCUACUACGAGUCCGCCCAGCAUGUCCCAGACGUGCACGAGUGUACCGACUGUGCUCCACGCCCUGUCGACAAGACCAGCGCAUCCGAAAAACAGCGCUUGCGACGAGAGAUGCUCGUUGAACGGAAAGGCCGACCAAAGACCGCAGCCAAGAACCCGAAGAAACGUACCAAGGACACUUCCGGUGCCGUCCAGCCUAACGGGUGGCCGUCGCAUACCACCGAAUUACACUACAACCCCGAACGAAAAAGUGGGAGCCCGCGAGAUCAGCCUCCACCGAAUAAGCGUCCAAAGACCAGCCAUCGCACCUCCAAUUCCGUGAGCAUCAGCCAAACGCCUGCUCUCGUUCCGGCUUCUCGCAAACGGGGUGCUUCGGUCAUGCUGAACGGCCACAGCCCCGUCAAGUCUCCAACCAACCAGGACGCGUCGUUGGAGGAGUUCUCUUCCGAGUUCAUGACCCUCUAUCGGCAGUCAGAACCACCCUCACCAGACUCAAACUCAUAUACCAGCAUUGGUGUGGCCAACGACAUCUCGACAUGGCUAACAGAUCCAGAAGCCUUGGCUGAUGCCAGCGGAGGCAAGAAACCACACGACCUUUUCUCACGAAUAGACCAACCAAUACACGAGCUCGGUGCACCCAGCAUUGCCAAGCAAAUCGAGGUGGACUCUGGCAUAGUCGCGCAUGGACAGCACCCGCAGUGGCAUUUCAUCACGGUGGAUGAGAUUGUUGCUGAAGGCGGAUACAUUGGCGAACUCAAAGGCUUGGUGGGACGCAAGGAAGACUACUUCUCCGAACCCUCGAACCGUUGGGAGCUUCUGCGGCAUCCCGAACCCUUCGUUUUCUUUCCACCCCACCUUCCCAUAUACAUUGAUGUUCGGCGAGAAGGCAACAUCCUUCGCUACGCAAGGAGAAGCUGUGUGCCCAACAUGCACAUGAAGAUCUUUAUCGAGUCGAGCAACGAGUUUCACUUUUGCUUCCUUGCCUCACGACAGAUUGAUCCAGGCGAGGAGCUUACUGUUGGUUGGGACAUCGACUCUGAAGUCUUCAAGCAGCUAGCAAAGGUUGUUACAAACGGCGCAAAGGACGGCUUCAGGAAAAUACAACCAUGGGCUUCAUGUGUGCUAGCCAACUUUGGCGGGUGCGCGUGCGACACCUCGACGGGGCAUGAGUGUCUUCUCGAGCGCGCUCGCCGCAGCACGAUUGCCGAGCAGCCCAAACCCAAGGGAAGAAAGACAAAGAAAUCGCAGAUCUCACCUUUGAGCACAGGCCAUGCCACGAAUAGCCGCGCGGGCAGCGAGACGUUGAACCACGAUGUCGGCGAUGACGACCAAAUGGACGCUAGAUCCACAUCGGGCUCCCGCAAGUCUAGUAGUCGUGAUCACACGCCAGCUACGCACUUCUCUACCGAGGGGGACCUGAAGAUGUCUGAGCGUGAGAAGCGAAAGCUUCAACAACAGGAAAAGCUGUUCAAGCAGAUGGACUUCGACGCCGAUCACAAGGGCAAAAAGGGCAAGCGGAAUAGCGCCGGGUCUUCCCUGAACACGCCCAGCCUGUCAUCCACCGUAAGGCGCUUCUCCCGAGCGUCACUUUACGAUACUAAUGCCGCUGUACAGAAACGCUUGGGUCAUCCGGAACCCUCCCCAUCGGCGCGACAUCGCGAACACAGCCACGGUGUGGCCCGUAAGACGUCCGGCAGCUCGACGAAAACCAAUGGCCGCGCUGCACCCAGACCGAAGCCUGUAUACAAGGAAGCUUCGACACAAACAGAGGAUGGCAGCCCUGUUGCGCCUCAGAGCUGUGCAAGGCCACGCGACAUGAAGCCACCUCUAUCGUUCAAGCGCAAGCUCCUACAACAAGCCCAAGAAGACAAGAUCCAGCGGGAACGCAUCCGAUCUACGUCUGUCAAGAUGGAACGCAAGUCACCCACCCUCAAAGACGUGUCCUCGAAUAAACCCUCGCCACUGCCUCCUUCUCCGCCGCUAGAGGAGCCGUCGGCCAUGGACACCUCGACCGGGCCGACUGUCGAUAUCACACCUCGCGAGCCGACUCCGGCGAAGGAGACAACGCCGCCACCCAUCGUUGAUGUCGACAUGGAAGAAGUCGAAGUCACUACUCCGAAGCCUACCGAACAAAAGGAAGAGGAUAUGACAGAUGCACCUACUCUAGAUGUCUCUCCAAGGACCUCACAUCCUCCACUCAACCCCCCGGCACCGCCGUGGCCAUCAUCGGCACCUCCCGCAGAAGAACCUCAAAAGGCCGUCGAUCUACAUGUCGAUAUGCCAGCAAAGUCUGAUCUCGUGAACCCUGCUGAGGCUGCUCCUGUGGCCACAACAGGUUCGGUUUCGAACGUUCUGGCCGGGAGCGCCAUCGCACAGUCCCCUGGUAGCUUGACGAUUGGAUCGCCUUUCUCUCCAGCGGUUAACAAUGCCGUCAACCCCAUACCAGCGCGGAAAAAGCUAAGCUUGAGUGACUACACCAGCAGAAGAGCAAAGCUAGCUCAGACACAUUCCACGGGCUCAAACUUCUACGAGUUCGCCAACCUUGUCGACGGCUAG